AUGUCUACUGAAGAAGCGCCAGUUGAUGUCCCCGCCCCGGAAGCUGCUCCAGUCGAGUCACUUGUCUACAUCACAUUGAUAUCAGAUGAUCAAAAGGAAGUGAAUAUCUCAUCAGAGGCACUCAAACAAUCGCAAACUCUCGCCGAUAUGGUUGCCAAUCUUCAAAGUUCUGGCGUGACUGAGGUGAAGAGACUCGGUCCGUUGCGUAACAUCACCGGAGAUUCUCUAGUCAAGAUUGUCGAGUGGUGUGAGCAUCACAAGGGAGAACCGAUUCUAGUACACAAUGAUGUGGGCGCCGCUCCAAAUGCUGGUCCAAAUCGAGCAGCGAUUCCGGAAUGGGAUGAGGAGUUCCUCAAAGUCAAUAAUGGAGAACUCUACAAGUUGAUUCAAGUUUCCGAAAUCUUGGAAAUCAAACGACUCGAGAAAUACGCAUGUCAGACGGUGGCUCAGAUGGCCGACGGAAUGUCUCCAGAAGAGAUGCAAAACUUCUUUGGAAUUCCAGGUGAUGAGGAGGACGAUGAGACAGCUGGACCUUCCAACUAA